AUGAGCUCCUACUACUUCACAAUCAUAGGAACCAACGACACGCCUCUCUACGAGCUCGAGUUUGCCUCUUUCAAGCUAGGCGGAUCGGGGGCGUCGCAGGUGCCGGGCAAAAGUCAGUUUUCCAAUAAUGUCAAGGAAAUUCUCCCGUUCGUGACCCAUUCUUCCAUUGAUCUCAUCGAGGAUGUUCAGUGGAAUAACAACCAGUUCUACUUGGGGAAAGUGGACUCCUUCUAUGGAUUGCUGGUCAAUGCAUUUGUGACACAAGGGAACAUCAAGUUUAUAAUAUGCUACGAUAACGGAAACGGUAGAUAUGAUGAGAAUGCCAUUCGGCAAUUUUUCAUGGAAACGAACGAACUCUACGUUAAGGAGCUCAUGGACCCAUUCUAUAGCGUGAACGACGCCCUCACGUCGCCGGACUUUGAUUUGCGCAUCAAGCUUCUUGCUAAGAAGUACUUAUAG